UUGGUUUCAAAAAUAUCCAUUGCAACAUAACCAAUAAAAAAACACGGUAUCGCGUGAAUACUUCCAAGUUCCUUUCGUUAAAGGAGUAACCCUUUUCCAUGCGGUUAAAUAUAAAUCAUAAACUGGAAAAUUUGUCAGAAUAUAUACUAUAAAAAGUUAUUGAAACAUGGAGUCACUUUGCAAUUUAAGAUAUUCUGUUCGUUUGUUUCGACUGCUUAUAUUCUCCAAACCAACAAGUUUCGUACGGAAUCUUUCGGGAACAGACAACAUUUCAUCAUCAACAUCAGGGAGUGUCGAUUCACAAGCUACAAAAAGUGAUUCAGAAAAAAAAAUGUCAGGCGAAAUGAAGUCAGGGGAAGAUGAUCAAAUGAAAUAUAUGAAAGAGAAAAACGAUGAGUUAUUGGAUAAAUACAAACGAGCAUUAGCGGAUGGUGAAAAUAUGCGACAACGUUUGACCAAGCAAAUUCAAGAUGCAAAAAUGUUUGGGAUUCAAUCAUUUUGUAAAGAUUUAUUAGAAGUGGCGGAUACCCUAGGUCAGGCAACAAAAGCAGUUCCGAAAGAGGAAAUUAAUAGUGAUAAUCCGCAUUUGAAAAAUUUAUAUGAUGGUUUGGUGCUCACAAAAAAUUCAUUAGAACAAGUCUUCAAAAGACACGGUUUGGAAACUAUUGAGCCCCUAAAAGCCAAAUUUAAUCCAAACUUACAUGAAGCUCUAUUCCAAAAGGAAUGUAAGGACGUGGAGCCAGGAACAGUUGUUGAAGUAACAAAAAUUGGUUACAAACUGCACAAUAGGUGUAUUCGCCCUGCGCUGGUUGGAGUGUCAAAGAACUAGUUCGAACAUAAUGCACUUGGAAUUACGGACAUAGGGUUGCAACUAUGUGCAUUAAUCAAAUGAACUAUGUGCAAGCGUUAUGUUUAGGCGUGUAAAUUGUGAUUAAAAUUUGUUCACCAUAUGAAAUUUGAAACAUUAAACUGUGAAAAAUCUCUGUUUUCAUUCAAAAAGUAAAAUUUCGACGUGAAUUUUCUAAUACAAUUCGAUAAA